AUGUCCACUUUGAAGGAGCUGGAGCCAUAUGUGGACAGCGCCAUCCAUGUUCUAUUCGAUAAGCUUAACGAGAUGGUGGGACAAACUGUGGAUAUGGGCAAUUGGGUUCAGCUCUAUGCCUUUGACGUAAUUGGCGAGGUUACAUUCUCCAAGCGUUUCGGCUUCAUGGACGUUGGUUCAGACGACGGCUCUUUCAAACAGAUUGAGAAUGCCUUGCAGUCGGCUGCUUGGAUUGGCCAAGUUCCUUGGCUCUACUGGCUUCACGAUUACUUAUCCCCUGUCGUCGGUACAUGGCUCGGUAUCGCCUCUCGACACGGCAGCUUAAGGAAGUUCGCAGCACGCGAGGUGGCUGCUAGGCAGGACCGUGGAUCCGACCACCAGGAUAUCCUUGGGAAGCUUCUUGCUGUGCACCAUGACAAGCCUGAUCAAUUUGAUAACUCGGAUCUGGUCUCCAUGGCGACGUCGAACAUCUUCGCCGGCAGCGAUACGACAGCCAUUUCCAUCCGUGCAAUUAUCUACUACAUGCUGAAGUAUCCCGAGGCCAAGAGGAAGCUUGUUGAAGAGGUCGAUACCCUCUGGCAGCAAGGAAAGCUCAGUGACCCCGUUACUGUCGCUGAGUCUGAGAAAAUGCCGUAUCUCCAAGCUGCCAUGUACGAGGCGUUGAGGUUGCACCCAGCUGUUGGCAUGACCCUGCCGCGCGUUGUUCCCAAAGGCGGAUAUGAGAUUGAUGGACAUUUCAUGCCGGCUGGAUCCGUUGUAGGAGUGAACCCGUGGGUUGUCCAUCGCAACACAACAGUCUAUGGCCAAGACGUACAUUCUUUCAGGCCUGAGCGUUGGCUGAAAGAGGAUAAUGGCGACCUGCACCGCUUUUUCUUCGCAUUCGGUUCCGGGGCGCGAAUGUGUAUAGGCAGAAAUAUCAGUUGGAUGGAGAUGGCAAAGCUCAUCCCUACUCUACUUCUACAUUUUGACAUCGAAUUGGUCGACCCGGAUGCUUUGUUGGAGGAAAAGUGCCAUUGGUUCGUCUCGCAGAAAGGUCUCAAUGUUAGGCUUCGCAGGAGACCAUCCCCGUCCGCGGUGUGA